AUGGCUAAGUCACACGUUUUCACAGGGGAAGUCGCGGCACACAUGGUGCUGCAAGUGGCACCGCUCAUGCUUGCGCUCAGCCCGAGGGAUCUGGCAGGCAUUUGUUGGGCCUGUGCUUUCGCGCAGCAUGUAGAUACCCCAUUAUUUUUUGCAAUAUCACACACGUGUGAUGUGUCCAAAUUAGCAGGGUUUUCGGGUCAACAACUGGCCAACUUGGCUUGGGCAUUCGCUCGCGUGCAAAGCUCUUGGCACGGCCAGCUUAGAAUAUCAGCUUGGUUUUGGGCUGCCAUCGUACAGAACCUUGCUUUCUUCAAGCCACAUGAAUUCAGCAUUACUUUAUGGGCGGUGGCCAAGUUAGGGCUGCCCGAGAAAGCCAACAUACAAGACUUCCAUUUGGUGGAGCGAGUUGGGGCACAGCGAUUGCGACAAGGCCAGUUUGGGCCGCAAGAGCUAUCAAACCUGUCCUGUGCUGUGGCACGUCUGUUUGUGUCUCACAUCGGAUCAGGCGACACGUUACUCUCAAUGUUGGUGAUGACUGCAAGAGAAAGGAUGAUGGAAUUGGAGCCCCAACAUCUUGCAAACAUGAUGUGGUCUUUGGGCCACGCUCGUUUGGCACACAAGCCUUUCCUCCGUGAUGUCGUAGAUCUCAUGGACGUUCGAGGGCCUACUUUUGCCACUAUUGAAUUGGUGGGGCUGGUUUGGUCGUUUGCGCGUCUCCAUGUAAGCGUCGCACCUUCACUGCUGGCGCAGGCUUCCGAGAUGCUUUUGUCUGCAUCGCAAGAACUAACUGGGCAGUGCGUAGCCAAUGUGGUGUGGUCGCUUGCCAUCUUGUCAUGCAGCAGCAUUGCAGAUCAGUGGGUUCAACCUGUGUCUACGGUCCUCAAGCUAGGAAACGGCAACCCGCAAGAGCUGUCCAACACUGCCUGGGCCAUGAUGCGGCUUCGUGUAUUGAAGCACAUUCCGAUUAAAUUGAUUGCUGCCGCUUUCACUGGCAAUGUCGACAGCUUCAACUCGCAAAACAUUGCAAAUUUGGUGUUGGCCUUCGCUCGAGUCGGCUGCGAUGGAACCUAUAACGGCUGCAGUGUUGCACCAUUCUGGACCGUUGCUAUGCACGCGACAACUGCCCGAACGACGGAAUUCAACACACAAGAACUUGCAAAUCUAUGUUGGUCUUUUGCCGCCAUCAAGAAAACAGCUGCCUUGAGUUCAAUCGCCAAUGAGUUUUUGAGAAGAGAGCAUGAAGAAGCUGACCAAGCCAGCAUGCUGGCAAUGCUGUGGGGCUUGUCCUUCGCAGGUGUGAAGCAUCUGGCUUUGUUUCGGAGAGUGCGUCACCACCUGGUAAGCCAUGGAAAGAAACUGGACACCAACACAGAUACGCAGUUGCACCGGAUCUUGCCAUUGGGCGUUGCUGCCACUGGUGCUGGAAAGUUUGACCAUGGCGAGCCGGUUAUUGCCGCGGAGCUGUUGGACAUUAUUGUCCUGGCAAAGCCACCCGGCUGGGAAGUGGAGCGCCACACACUGCAUACCGAGCCGCCAUCGGAUGAUCCGUCGGAUGACCAUUUGUUUCAGCUGCAAUGGUUCUUGAUAUCCCUGGCACGGCCUUCAGCGAUAUGGUUCGAUAGAUCGCAUCACUUUGGAUUCUUGCAUCGUUUGGACAUCCCAGGAUCCGGACUUAUUCUUGUUGCCAAGACAUAUGAGGCCUAUUACUGGCUUUUGGUUCAGUUAAACGCCAAUCGAAUUGUGAGGGACUAUGUGGUUUUGUGCCAUGGAUGGGUAGCUCAAGCGAAGCGCACUGUUGAGGCACCCAUACAUUGGACACCAGGCCACCCUGCGCCUAGCCAAGUGACCAGUGGAGGGAAGCCGUCUGUAACCAACAUCAGAGUGGUGGCACAUGUUCAUCGUGCAAGCGAACGGUACACAUUGCUAGCUGUCCGGAUAGGCACCGGCAGAACACAUCAAAUUCGGGCGCAUGCUGCACAUAUUGGCCACCCGACCGUUUCUGAUGGCAAGUAUACCAGCAACCGAACGUUUCGAGAAGACCUUCAGUGGUGUCCCCGAAAUUUCCUGCAUCGGUACAAACUUAAGUUUCAGGGACGAGAGCCUCAGAGGCGAGUGCAAGUCGUGCAGCCGUUACCAUCAGACCUCCGUGCUGCGCUGGGGCAAUUGCAGCCAGCUGACGCGGGAUCUGCGAUUGCGUUACAUUCCAUCGCUUUGAACGGAGUGCCACCUGCAACAUGGGGAGACAGCUAA